AUGCAGAAAGCGCGAGAUGACCUCCAGGCCGCCCGGGAUGAGAAAAUUGCGGACGCGCACCGGGAGUUUGAAGAAGGUAUGGAGAAGGCAGAAACACGCAUCCAGCAGGAAGUUGCAAAAGCCAUGGAAGAUGAAGAAGCACGGCUGAAAGAGCAGUCUGCUGCCAGUGUGGCGAAGGCCAAGGAGGAGAUUUUCAAGGAGGCAAUCCCAGCGGCUCAAAGAGAAGCAAAGGAGUCUGCUCAGAAGAGGUGGCGAAACAAGCAAGUGCAACACAACUUCGAUGGAAAGGACAUUGACCAAGACACACGGCUCAGCUGUAUGGCUGGGGUUGUAUAUAUAUAUAUAGUAUAA